UAUGCUUAUUAACAUUUUAUCAGUGACAAAGGUCGAUCACAAUGUACUUGGCCACGAUCGCGGUUUAUAAAUAAUAUUCUUUACAAUAUCAUAAUGCUACAGUAAUUAUAAAAACCACUAUAUAACUGUUAAAAAUUAGAAUAAUAUGUAUAUUGUACAUUUUUUUAAGUUAUCGAUUUUUCUCGGAGAUCGACUAUCGAGAGGUAGUCCUUUUAAAAUAUCGAUACACUAAUUGGCUAGGAAGUGCGAAUAGCUGUGAAUAUACUCAGAUAAGGUGCGGUGAGAGUAACUAAUUCGAGAAUUCAGAAAAUUUUAACUAUUAUUACAAUCGAGAUUAAUGUUGCAUCACGCUAUUUGUAGACGUCUGUAUUUAUCUUGAGGCAUGUAUCAUGUCGCGUCAAGACUGCGUUACAUUUGAGAGAAUUUGCGAAAAGCAAGUCGUCCUUACGUACUGCUGGCAGUGACCCACCCUAACAAAUUUUUACUCGCCUCGGCGAAAGCGACGACGAGUCAUGGAGAACAAUGCGCAGGAGAAUUACGCCGGCAAGGAGGAUCAGGAAGAUCUUGAAGCUGCGAGGACAAAGGCUGAGAAACUGGCAUUGGAAAAUACUCACAUCAGAGAGGAAUUUAACGUUCAGAGAGCAAAAAUGAAGGAACUUUUCCUACAGAAGGAAGAAGAAUUGAAAAGAAGACUCGAGGAGAAUAUGUGCCUGAAGGAUGUAAAUGUUCGUCUACAAAGGGAAUUAGAUGAAUCUAAGAGUGAGCUGUUGUGUGCAAUUGAAGUAAAGAAUAGCAUCCUCUUGGAGAAGCAUAAGGCUGAUGAAGAAAUUGAAACCCUGCAACAGUUUGUUCGUGAAACUGUAGAAAUGUCGGAUUCUGCAAAAAAUAAAUAUGACGGUGAAUUGCGCAAUUUGCAAAUGGUUGUUCAUAGACUACAAGAAGAAAAUGUUGCCCUAAGAUCCCAAAUGCCUCGUGAUCCACCUACAGAGGGAUCACAAAUUUCAUUAUCCACAGUAACUAAGUCAUUGGCAAGGAAAGUAGCAUCCCAGUUAGGGGCGGAUGCUCUUUCUUUAGGACCUGAUAAUUUAGAAGAAAGCAUGCGGAAGGUAAACAAAUAUGCACAUGAAGAAGCGGAAGUACUGCGUUCUUUAGUGGUGCCACUCGAAGAUGAGAUCAAGGUUCUCAAAGAUAAAUUAAGAGAUACAGACGACGAAUUACAAAAGUACAAAGAAAUGCAACUGCCCAAGAGACAAGAUUCUGGAUCCUUGGAAGCUUCAUGUGAUAUGUGCGCAAAUUAUGAAACACAGCUGGUUAGAGUCCAAGCAAAUGCUAAGGACUUAGAAAAAAAAUUAUCCUCUUCCGAACGUAUGCUACAAGCCCAAAGAGAGGAUCUCUCGAAGGAAGUAGAGUUUCGAAAGGAAAUGGAAGAGAAGUGGAAUGAAAGGAAAGAGGAACAUAAACUCAAAGUUGCUGAACUUACCAGUGCCCUGCAAUCUUCCCAGCAGGUCUUGUCCGAACUGAAACAAACGUUUGAUCGUAUAAGGCACAAUGUAACAGAAAAACUAUCUAAAUUAGAACGCGAAAGGGAGGAUGUCCAGCGACGUUUAAAUGCGCUAGAAAAAGAAAAUGAGAGUCUCAUGGGAAAACAUAGCAAGCAUUCCCAGCUACUACAGAGCGAAGUGAUUAAUAUGCCAAAUAAUGUAGAGGAAUUGCACGAACGUGUUCUUAGGAUGCACGAAGAUCUAAUUAUGGCUCGCGUCGCACAAGAGGAGGCUGAGGAUAAAGGAAAAAUACUAGAAAUCGACGUGAGUCUACUUAGAGAGCAAAUACAGCAGGAUCAUAACACUAUGACAGAAAAAGAAUCCAUGUUUUUAGACAAGAUUAAAAACCUUGAGUCUCAGUUGAGUAAAUACGAACGAGAACAUCAAGUCUUUAUUGAAAUGAAAGUAAAACUAGAAGUAUUAGAGAAACAGCUGGAAGAUAUUACGAAGGAAAAAAAAGAAGCAGAAUCAAAUACUGCUCAGUUACGUCAAAGGAUAGCUUGUCUUCAAUCGGACUUAGAUACAAGUGAACAUGUACAAAAAGACUUUGUCCUAUUGUCUCAGUCGCUUCAGGUUCAGUUGGAAAAGAUAAGAGAAUCUGGUGGCGAGGUCAGGUGGCAACAUGAAGAAGAUGUCGAUGAAUGUUCUGGUUGUCGUGUUACCUUCACAGGUAGCAAGAAAAAGACGCAUUGUCGUCAUUGUGGCCAUAUAUUUUGCCAAUCGUGUCUGACAAGAGUUGUAAACAGUGGACCGAAUCAGAGGCCCUCCCGUGUCUGUGAUGUUUGCCAUACUUUGUUGGUGCCCGAUACGCCUCCCUAUUUUAGCCGAGAACCGCCACACACACAAGACUAAAAACUAUCUUAGGAAAAGCUGAGCAAAAGGAAUUCUUUGACCCAAAGUGCAAUAUUAAAUUGGACAUCAAUAGACAAAAACGUUAGAGAAUAUCCACGGCUAGACGAGAAACAAAUUCCUAUUCCCCGACAAUUGGGUGAGAGAUGACGAUUAUCGUGUAAAUACAAAUCGUGUAUUACUUAAAAUUUACUGUAAUUUAAAAAUAUAAAGUUCUUCAAUGUAUCAAUUUGAGUUGAACUCUGAAUUUCUCGUUAUCCGCAAACAUAGAGUAUAAUCAAAAGUUUGACGUUUUUGUUGAAACAAAUGAAAAUAAUCAUUUUUUUUAUCUUA